GAGAUAUUACUCACUCACUCUUCAACCCUCCACAGAGCAUCAUUUCUGACAAUGAUGUUCCACAACUCGGAAAGCAGACAGUCUUUAGAUCAGCAGAGCUCUUCUCCCAAAAGACUUUCGGAAACCUCUCAGUCUAUCAUAUCACGGAAAUGCAGAACCCAACAGUCAUCAAACGACUCCAGUUUGAAAUGCAGCAUUUGCAAGCGCUUCAUUGUGGAGCCGAGGGUUUUGCCAUGUCUGCACACUUUCUGCACGCGAUGUCUUCUACCCUUGGCAAAACAAAUCUUGAGAGAGAACUCGCUAACCGAUCUGCAUUCAACAAGUUCAAGGAGUUCACACGGCCAUAAAAGUUGCAGUGAUCACAAAUCAGAUUGUGAUAAUCUGAGUGGCUCAAACAGCUCUGGAGCGUCCAGCUGUGAAAAUGAUAAAAAUUCCUUGUCCAGUGAACAGCAAGUCUCCAAAGCUGUGCAGGUUAUUGUGUGUCCCGAAUGUAACUCUGAGAAUGUGCUACCUGCUCUUGGAGUUUUGGAACUGCCUCUGCAUUAUCUCCUCAGAAGCAAGAUGAUAGUUGCUUUCCAACAGCCUGCAACCUGUGAUCUGUGCCCAGGUGAAGUAGUGGCUACCAGCAGAUGCGAGGACUGCCAGGUGACAUUGUGCACUUUCUGCAGUGAUGCUCAUCAGAGACAAAGAGAGAGUUUGCUCCACGAAGUCAUCUCACUUCAGGAUGCUGCAGAUGCUAAUGCUCUAAUUCCUAGACAGGCGUUCUGUAAAAUGCACACGAAACGAGAGCUGCGCCUGUUCUGCAUGGAGUGCAACAUGCUAGUGUGUCGCGACUGUUGCAUGGACGAGCAUCGCAGUCACGCGUGUGACACCGCUGCCAAAGCCGCGCGACAGUUCUCCAAUGCGCUCAGAGACGCCAUCAAGAAAGUCCAGGUGUUGGCCAAGGAGGCAUCGCUCAGCUUGUCUCGUCUGCAGAACUUAGAGCAUCGUAUACAGUUGAAGUGCAAUGAUGUAGAGAAGGAGAUUGAUAGAUUCACAGAAUCGUACAAGGAAGCUGUUGAGCAGCACAGACAGUUUCUGAGACGAGAAGUGGAUCAAGUUAGACAAAACAAAUUGGCGGCUCUGAAAUUGUGUCAUGAAAUUUUACAGACUCGAUCGAAUCAAACCAACCAGGUGGUCAUGUUCACUCAAGACAUACUCAAUGAAGGAUCUGAUAUUGAGUUACUGAGUGUCGUGAACCUGGUGUUGAACCGAUUGAAAUGGUGUGAAGACAUUCCUCCGAUAGCCGCAUCCAAGGUGUCCGAUUGCCUCUUGUUUUUGCCUGAGGAAAAGGCAGGUGUGGUGGACUCACAUCAGAUGUAUGGCGUUAUCACCACACAGUCUGUGUCACCCUAUCACUGUGUACUGCAAACAGAAGGUCUGUUGAAUUGUCGUCAGUAUAGGAAAGCUGAAUUUAUAUUGAAAACUAAUGACUGUGAUAAGCAACAGAUUUGUCACGGAGGAGAGAAAGUCAAUGCAGAGCUUCGGUCCCGAGAUUCUCAGAGGCAGAUUCCAGUAAAUGUGACAGACUGCGGUGAUGGAACCUACAUUCUGUCGUUUGUGCCAGACUCAGCUGGCAAUCUAACUUUGGCUGUAACCGUCAAGGACAAAAAUAUUCAGGGAAGCCCGUUCAACGUAUCAGUCCACACCCUUCGUCCCCACCCAGGAAUCUAUCACUGUUGCACAUUUUGUUCAACAAAUGGAAGUAAAAGUAUCACCUGUGCCUGUGGGGGCCAAAUGCCAGGCUACAGUGGCUGUGGACAUGGUCACUUAGGUCACCCUGGACAAAGGCAUUGGUCCUGCUGUGGAAACCUACUGCACAAUUCCGAGUGUACUCGAGACACUACUGUUUGUCAAUAAAAUAUUUUCACGCUUA